AACUGCAACUUCAGUACAUUGCAGCAUCAGCUGUUUGAAACUUGAAACCAGUUUAUUAUUUAUCGUUUGUGUCAAAUAUAAUAUGUUGAAGUAACAAUUUGCUUGGAUAAAAUAUAAAACGAGAUUUAAUUCACAAUGUCAUCGAAACAGGUCACUUCUGCAAUUAAGGCGGAUGGAGAUUCUGGUGACGAUCUAAAAAGACAGGGAUCAUUCAGAAAGUUGCUGCCAGCUAACACCAACGCAGAGACACAGCUUGCUAUGUCGGCAAAAAUGAUCGAUAGACCAGUCACUACUCAGAGCAAUAAAGAAUAUGCUGUAUUCUUGCAAGAAUACAUAAUUUUUUCUGAAUAUAGUAUGAUGCAGAAACAAGAUCUAAAAGGGAUCUAUGUAAUUCCCUCUGCUCAAAAUUCUUUUUUGUGGUUCGGUGUAAUAUUCAUCAGACAAGGACUCUACCAGGGUGGAGUUUUUAGGUUUACAAUCACUUUGCCUCAGACAUUCCCUGAUGGUGGUACUCCGAAAGUCAUAUUCCAAUCGAAAAUUUUUCAUCCUCUCGUGGAUGCUUUUACUGGAGAAUUGGAUACAAACUGGGGUUUCCCUGAAUGGAGACGCACAACGAGAGUCUGGCAAUUGGUGCAAUACAUUGUGAAAAUAUUCACUAAAAUUGACUCUAAAAUGCCAUCCGUGAACCAGGAGGCUCUAACAUUAUUCAACAGUGAUUCUGAAGUCUUUCAAAAACACGCGAAAGCUAGCGUAACAGAUAGCUUGAAUCAGGUCUAUGAUCCCCCAGCAACCGAUGAUCCACAUUAUAUAACCUUCACCCCUUAUGAUAGUUCAUUGCAUGAUGAAAUUAAAGAAGAGAUAUUGAAGCCCAAGGAGGAAAAAGAGAAUAAAGUCCUUGGUUAUUCCUGGGUGCAACCCGGUUCGCUUCAGCCGUUUUCCAAGCCAGAAACGAGAUAGCAAAAGUUUUACUUAUGAAGAGAUAUUGGCAUUUAGUUCAAAGGUAUGUUUGUGUGCUGCAACUUCUUGAGAACUUGAUUGCAACUACAUUUUAUACUCAUUGAUUAAGGACUUGGCGGGUGAACAAAUAGCAAUAUGACCUUAUAUUUUUGUAAAGCAAUUAUGCAAAGGCUCGUAGAACUCGUACCUCUAGAUCUUGGUUUAACUACAGCCUUGGAAUAGAACUAGUAAUAUAGUUACGAUAGGCACGGAAUCAGUCUUUUAUUGAGCAUCAUUGAUCGUAAUAUUAUUUAAUUGCUUUCACAGUCUCGUGUCUACAUUACCUAAUUUAUAGAAGAUGAUAAUUUAAGGAUUGUUAUUUUUUUAUUAUAAAUAUAAAGAUAGAUAGAAAACA